AUGCCCCCCAUCCGCCCCUCCUCCAAACGCAAGCCCCCCCCCGAUGGCUUCUCCGACAUAGAAGAAGACCUCCUAAUCUUCUCCAACAAGAUGAAAGACGCCCAAAACGCCCCCUCAGACAACAUCCCCAAGCACCAAGCCCAAUGGCCCAUCUUCCAAAUCUCUCACCAGCGCUCCCGCUACAUCUACGAGCUCUACUACGAAAAGGAGGCGAUAUCCAAGCAGCUCUACGACUGGCUCCUCAAAAACGGUUACGCCGACGCGGCGCUCAUCGCAAAAUGGAAGAAGCAGGGGUAUGAGAAGCUGUGCUGCCUGAGGUGCAUUCAGACAAAGGAGACAAAUUUUAACUCUACCUGCGUGUGCAGGGUGCCGAGGGCGCAGAUGAAGGGGGAGGAUAGGGAGGUUCAGUGCGUUAGUUGUGGGUGUAGGGGUUGUGCUUCUACUGACUGA